CUGAUGAACUAAGACAUGGAAACAUGUCACUGAAACUCUCCAGUGUGAAUGUGUCUGAUAAGGGGACAUAUAAAUGCUACAUCGUUGAAAUGGAUAAAGAAUUUUAUAUUAACCUUGUUGUUGCAUCAGAUAUUGGUUCCUCACCAGUCCUCAGUUUGGCAGGGACUGAUGUUGAGAAAGGAGAAGUAACACUGAAAUGUGAGUCUGCAGCCUGGUAUCCAGAGCCCGAGCUGCUGUGGUUGGACGGUGAGGGAAACCUCCUCUAUGCUGGACCUACAGAGACCCUCAGAGGUCCUGAUGGGCUCUAUACUGUCAGCAGCAGAGUGACUGUGGAGAAGAGACACAGCAACAACAUCACCUGCAGAGUCCAACAGAGGAACACCAAACAGAGCAAAGAGAUACACAUAUAUGUUCCAGAUGAAUUCUUCAUGUUCACACCCAGUUCUGCUAAUCCCAUUAAUAUUGGUUUGGCUGUUAGUUUGGCUGUAAGCAUCAUGUUAAUUAUAAUUGGAGUUUUCUUCGUCUGGAGACAAAACAAAAAAAAUGUCAAGAGUGCUCACUGUGAUGGAUGCAAAGAACAAGAAACCAGAAACCACUCUAAAAGAGACAAAACUGAAACAGACCAAGAGCAGGAGAAGCUCAUGAGACAGAACAUCAGUCCAAUGGAGAAAAAACAGGAAGCUAUCAUGAAUUUUGAGGAAUCCACUGAAGAACUGAAACACCAGCUAAAGAAGAAGGAGGCAGAGAUCAUCGAGCUGAAAAAACAAACUGAGAAUCAACAUGCAGUUGGCGAGAAGUGGAAGAACGCCAAUGAAAAACUGAAAGAGGCUCAUCGACAACUGGAGGAGAAGAAUGCAGAGAUCAGUAACAUGAAGAAAGAAUUUGAGAAAAACCAACAUGUAGCUGAGAAGAAGCUGAAGGAGGCCGAUGAAAAACUGAAAGAGGUUCAUCGACAACUGGAGGAGAAAAAGGCAGAGAUCAGCAACAUGAAGAAAGAAGAGGAAAAACAGGAAGCUGACAAGAAGUUGAGGGGGGAUGACAAACAGGAUUUCCAGCAGGAGAAGAAACAAGCAGAUGACACAAAAAAUGUGGACCAGCAACAGGCGGGCAAACCCAACAAACCACAGACAGGUGACAUCACUUUGGAUGAGGUUGACAGAAGUGGCGACUAUAUCUGUCUGAAAAACGCUUCCAGUGAGAAUAAGGUGAUGACAGGUUGGGAGCUAAAACUACAGAUCAACGACAACGAACCCCUUACACACAAAUUUAAAGAAAACUUUACAAUGAAACCUGGAGAGAUAGUCACUGUACGGCGAGACGGUGCUAGGAACCCAUAUCCUACCAAUGCUGACCUGAGGUGGAUAUACAUGAAAAGCUGGAAGCCCGAAGACACCCUCAAGAUAGAUCUCAUCAGCAGCACUGGAAAAAAGCACAGACUAAACUGA